AUGGCCACUGCAGCAGAGGACCCCCACCUGGGCUCGGGCCCCGAUGAGGACGACGUUUCUCUGUCAGGGAGCGAGUCUGAUUCAGACAGCAUCCUCUCUGAUGACUCGGUGCUUCCAGAGUACAUGCCGGAAAGAACAAACGGGCUUGCUGCAUCAACACUGUACCGAGCGUGCGCCCGUAAUGAACCCGUCUCUCUGCAGAAAGUUCUGGAGAGAGGGGUCACAAAAGAAGAGGUCAUGGAGCUGGACAUCAAUGGCUGGAAUGGCUUGAUGGUGGCUUGCUGCAAAGGGUUUGUGGACAUUGUUUAUGGGCUUCACAGCUGUCCUUAUAUAGACAUAAAUCACCAGGACAAUGAAGGAAACACUGCUCUGAUGAUUGCAUCCCAAGCAGGUCACAUCAACACAGUCAUGUAUCUCCUAAACUACUACCCUGGUAUAGACACAGAAAUAAAGGAUUGUCGAGGUUUCACAGCACUCAUCAAAGCUGCUAUGACCGGCCGUAAUGACGUUGUCUCUGCCCUCGUUAUGGCUGGAGCUGACUUACAUGCAGUAGACUCCACAAAAGGAAAAUGUGCUCAGGAGUGGGCACUGAAAACCGGCCGCUAUGAGAUCAUCCAUCGUCUCCGCCGCCUGAAAAUGCGGCCUAAAGCUGAGCAGUUCUGUGAGAGUUAUGUCCCUGAGUGGCCUGAGCUCAAGGAGAGGGCAGCCAAUGCCGUAGCUGUGAAGAGUGCCAGUGAAAAAAUUAGGCAGCGGAUCAAAAGUACAUUUGGAUUCAGAUUUCCUCAUGACCCCGAGGACAACGGGUGCUUGGACCACAUGGUGCGCAUGACCACCAGUGUCCACAGUCCCCUGAUUUCAAUCGGAUGCCGCCCGCUCUGCCCUACGAGCCCUCCUGAGGUGGGGAAGCGGCGCCUUGCUGUGCCAGAACUGGUGAAGAAACAUUCGGAUAAGGAAUUAGAAGAGCGCUCAGUGUGCCACAGCAAUGGCUCAGUAUCUCAUAUCAUUCCCACAAUCCACUCUGCUGAGUCCAUCGCUACAACGUGCUGCACCGAGGCUGAGCGGCGAGGCAGCCUCAUCUCGCUGGCUUCCACUAAAGUCGCCACCACAUUUAUUCCACGCAGUAUGGCGAGAAGGAACAGCGUGUUUCCCUCCGGCUGCAUCCCCAAGAUCGACAUCCUGAGGCCUACGGAGCCAACGCCAAAGAAAGAGAAGAAGAAGAGGAAGAUGGACAAGCGCUUCCUGGAACCACCGAAGUGGAAGUACAAGGAGAUCAAGGAUGAGAAAAAGAAGGAGAAGAAGAAAUCUGAGAAAGAAAAGGCAGAUAAAGAGAAAAAGGACAAAAAAAGAGAAAAGGAUAAAAAGACCAAAAACUAA